AUGGGCGCGAUCCCCAUUCAAGAUCGAACGACCGAGUUUCGAUCUAUUCUUGGACAGGCGCAGAAGCGACUGGCAUCCUCCAAGGCCGACGUACAUCGGCAGACUCUCCUUCGACCGGACACUUCCCCGCAGAACGGCCCACCCAGAAAGUCAGAGUUUGCCAGGCGUGCUGCAGAGAUUGGAAGAGGCAUCACUGCAACCACAGCCAAGUUGCAACGCUUGGCGCAAUUGGCGAAGAAAAAGUCCCUCUUCGAUGAUCGGCCGGUUGAAAUAUCAGAAUUGACCUAUGUCAUCAAACAAGACCUCGCAUCCUUGAACACUCAAAUCGCAGCUCUCCAGUCCCUCACACUGUCCCAGCACCCCAAAGCCUCUCGAAGUAAUGCCGACCAGGAAGGUCAACAUAAUGAUAAUGUGCGUCCGCCUUUGUGUCUGUCUAAUGUUUCUGUUAUUAAUCCUGUUGCCCAGGUGGUAGUCAUGCUUCAGGGAAAGCUUGCCGAUGUGGGCGCAAACUUCAAAGAAGUUUUGGAAGUGCGCACCAAGAAUAUCCAAGCCUCCCGUUCAAGAACAGAAAAUUUCAUCUCCUCCGUCUCCUCAAAAUCACACAGCAGCCUACACCCUCAACGUUCCGAUUCCCCUCUAUAUAAUCCACCACGAAGUCACAGCCCGCAGCCGGGGACGUCCGAUCUGCUGACCUUGGAGCCGUCGCAAUUAUUAAUGAUGGAAGAGGCCCAACAACCGGCAAACACGUAUAUUCAGGCACGCGGCGAAGCCAUUGAAGCCAUAGAACGAACGAUCAACGAACUCGGCGGCAUCUUUGGACAACUUGCGACAAUGGUGAGCGAGCAGUCCGAGAUGAUCCAGCGGAUUGAUGCGAAUACAGAGGAUGUGGUUGAUAACGUGCAAGGUGCCCACCGAGAGCUAUUAAAAUAUUGGUCUCGAGUGUCGGGCAACCGAUGGCUGAUAGCGAAGAUGUUUGGAGUCCUGAUGAUAUUCUUCCUUUUAUGGGUUCUAAUAUCGGGAUAA